CUAUGUUACUAUUUCAAUGUAUUCAAUUCACAAGCAGAAGCUCUACUGUACCUUGUCUUACGAUAUGUCAACGUGCCUAUUUUUUCGUGUCUGAAGCACCCUGCUGUUCUGCGAAAUGUGUUUUGUUGACUUUGUUUGUUUUGUGACGAUAGACGAAGAUCGGAUGUUUAAUUGCCCAGUUGUCUCGCCGUUUUUUAAGAUCCUCUGGAACCAACCAAGGUCCUUGACAGUCUGGUUUCAUGAUAAUGCUUUUACAAGGUAAGAUAGUUUCAUAGAUAGCUUGAAAAGUUAUAUAAAAUCGAAGUUUAUAAUAUAAAAGUAGUGUAUUCUAUUUGUAAAAUGAUCAUCGAUUCUCAAUUUCAGAAAAUGCAAUCCCGGAACUUGGCCGGAAGGGAAAUUUAAGAUUAUACAAAAGUGAAAAUAGUCUUCACCGUUGUGAUUCUACAACGCAUACUACAGUAACGGGGCUCCCCUUUUCAAAAAUUUUGCCUGCAAGAAAUUUCUGGAAAUGUAAACAACGCAAGCAAGCGUUCUAUGACUAUAAAUAAUUCUGCGAUUCGAGUCGACGUCAUUUUUUAUCUCGCUAGUGAGUAGUAUUUUGUAUUCACUAUAAACAACAAAUCUUUACCAAAAAUCGACCGCAGAAUUGAAAUCUCCAUUCUCAAGUUAGUUUAUACCAAAAAUGUCAUGAUCCUUGGACAUUCAGGGCGCUAGUUAGGGCGUUUUGAAAAUUAAUUAAUCUGCAAGACACUCCCAUAUUCAUAGAUAUUAAUAUUAAGUAAAAUUGUGUGGCAUUAGAGUAUUCUGUAAAAGGCCAAUGGCAGAUUGGUUAACAUAUUAGUGUGCAAGACUCUCCCCUCGACAAGUAAAAUUGUCUGACUGGCAUUAGACAAAGUAAAAUAAUAAACACAGGUGCACUUGGGUCAGUUGUGUGCUUAUGUCAAGUUAGCAGUGCUAAAUACCUGAUUCCUGAACAGCAAAGUGUCCCACAUUUGGUGUGAGAGUCACACAUUUACAUUUUGAUCCCUCUGUCCUGGACUAAUGUUGAAAACAAUAAAUUCUGUGAUUUUUAUAAAUGCAAGCCAAACACAUCUCUGAGUCUCAAGUGGUAUUGAAAUCAUCAAUACUAAAUUCCACAAGUUGCUAGGUGUCAGUAUCGGCCAUCCCUAUGAAAUGGUUACUGGGACAAAUUGACCAGAUACCAAUUUCUAACUACAUGUCUUGCGUCUGUCUUCCAUGACUUCCAUAGCAAGAUGAGACAGACAUAUAUGUUUAUUCUUAAUAAUUGUAUAUUCUAGGUUCAAUCGCCAUUAUAUUGAGUCUUUUAUGCCAUUAUCCAAUAUAAUAAAAUCAUGAUGAAUCAUAGUAAGUAACAAUUGUUGGAUGUUCAUAUUGCUUACAAUGUGAAUUAUAUGAUAUGGUCUUUCAACAAGGAUGAGUCACACAAAUUGGUGGCAGCAGGGAAGAGGGAACAUCAGUCGAGGAAGCAAUGGGCGUGGCUACCCUAGAUAUGCAAGUCAAAUUUACAACCAAGGUAAUAAUUUAAAAAAAUAUAAUUAUGAUAAUUGUUUUGUUAAACUGUCAGACAUUUUAGCAGCGGCAUAGUGUUUCAGAUAUGAAAAUACAAGCCAACUAAUUGCCAUUUCGGCUGGCAAUGCUUAGCAUAGGUGUACAAGGCAGGGGGGAGGGCAACUGCCUCCCCCAGAAAAAUUGAUAAGUUGGGCAAAUGUUGAACUAAGUCUCACAAAUGGUGAACGUAAUUUGGGGAAAAUAAGCUGAAAAACAAGAAAUUAUGUAAAAUAAUAGUAAAAAAUGCAAGAAAAUAGGGCAAUAUGGUGAAACAUUUUUAUAUAAUUCCGAAGUAAGCAGGGAAAUUUGAUUAGUCGGGCAAAAUGCAAAAAGUCAGGCAAAUUACGUUUUGUCCCCCCUAAUAUUUCCGCUCCCGUACGCCUAUGAUGCUUUAAGGCAUAAAAAAAAUACCUGUGGUUCCGGUUUCAUAUCGUGAAAAAAUUAGGGUCGGUAGGUCGGAAUUAAUUUUUUUUUAAAUAUUUUUUUUCAUGGUUUUGGCGGUUUUUUGCUGGACGAUUUGUAGUAGAGUCCCGACAUCAAUGUUAACUAUAGAGAUGCGUAUUUCCUAUGGACGAAUUUAGGUAAUUUGGUUCAAUAAUUAGUGUGACAACAGAUGUCAUUUUGGCACGCUGUAUGAGCAGCCCGCAACCACCUGGAGAAAAUAGGGUCGCACGGUAAAACACGUUGAAAAAAAAAAUAGGGUCGGCAGAAUAAAAUAGGGUCGGUCGGGAACCGGAACCACAGGUAUUUUUUUUAUGCCUUAGCCACACAACAGACAUGAAAAUGAUGAAAUCCAUAUUGCAUUUCCAAACUUGGCACCACUACCUCAUGGCACUAUAUAUAUAUAUAUAUAUAUAUAUAACGUACUGUAUUUCCACGUUUAACCUCUGUGAUCACCCACAGGCACUUAAUUUACUUAAUUAAUAUCAAGAUUUUGUUGCAAAUACCAAUCACUGAUCAGCUCACUUGAUUGAAUAAUAUAGUUGAAGGGUUUUGUAGAUGGAAAUUAUCGAGUGGAAAUUUAUAUACAUUUAUCAGACCUAACCAGGAACAGAAAAAUGUAACUAUAAUUGGGGUCCCUGGCAGGAAUUGAACCUCAACGGCCCUGCAAUUUGAACCUGCGCCUGCAUGGCCACAGGUUAGAUUCCUGCCAGGGACCUAAAGUUUUUCGCAGCUGUUCCUGGUUAGGUCUAAUAAAUGUGACAUAUAAAUUUCCACUCGAUAAUUUCCAUCUACCGAAGACGAAUUCAAAUGUUUGCUUAAAGACCAUGUCAAGUCCGUAAUAUACUCGUCUGUGGUAGAGUAUCAGUAAAUGGUCAAUUAAACCUAAUAUGAAAAUCAGUACACUUGUGUUUCAAUGCUGUGAUGGGUGGAGGGCAUAUUGUAAUAGAGAGGAAAGGUUUAUAAAUUUCUUUUCAUUUAAAAUGGGGCUUAUUAGAGGGAGGCUUUUUAUUGUACUUGUUGCAAUGGUGAUUGUACUUGUUGCAAACCUACAAGGAACUUAGCGGGCAUCUUUGUUUUUUUAGGAAAUGACUAUCAAUCACAUCUUGCCAACGGCCUGAGGGGCGGGCCCUUGUACGGAGAGCAAGGGCAUGGCUUUUAUAGUUAUUAUGUAGGAAAUGAAUAUCUGCAAUCACAUCCUGCCAACAGCCAGAGGGGCGGGUAUUUCCCUGGAGAGCAAGGACUUGGUUUUGGUUAUGGAGGAAAUGAACAUCAAUUGCAUCUUGCCAACAGCCAGAGGGGCGGGUUCUUCCAUGGAGGGCAAGGUCUUGGCUUUGGUUAUGUAGGGAAUGAAUUUCAAUCGCAUCCUGCCAACAGCAUGCACAGGGGCGGGUUCUUCCAUGGAGGGCAAAGUCUUGGCUUUAGUCACGUUGGAAAUGAACAUCAAUGCCAUCCUGCCAACAGCCAGUGGGGUGGUCCCUUCUACAGAGGGCAUGGCUUUAGUCACGUUGGAAGUGAACAUCAAUCACGUCCUGCCAACAACCAGAGGGGCGGUUCCUUCAACAGAGAGCAAGGGCGUGGCUUUAGCCACAUUGGAAAUGAAUACCAAUUACAUCCUGCCAACAGCCAUAGGGGCAGCUCUAGCCGUGGCUUUAGCCACGUUGGAAAUGAACGUGAAUCACUUCCUAGCAACGGCCAGAGGGGUGGCUCCUUCAACAGAGAACGAGGGCGCGGCUUUAGUCCCGUUGGAAAUGAACAUGAAUCACAUCCUACCAACAGUCGGAGAGGCGGCUCCACCAAUAGAGAGGGAGGGCGCGGCUUUAGUCCCGUUGGAAAUGAAGGUGGAUCACAUCCUACCAACAAUCGGAGAGGCGGCUCCACCAACAGAGAGCGAGGGCGUGGCUUUAGUCCCGUUGGAAAUGAACGUGAAUCACUUUCUAACAGCCAGAGGGGCGGCUCCAGCAACAGAGAGAGAGGGCGUGGCUUUAGUCCCGUUGGAAAUGAACGUGAAUCACCUUCUAACAGCCAGAGGGGCGGCUCCAUCAACAGAGAGCGAGGGCGCGGCUUUAAUCCCGUUGGAAAUGAACGUGAAUCACCUUCUAACAGCCAGAGGGGCGGUUCCACCAACAGAGAGAGAGGGCAUGGCUUUAGUCCCGUUGGAAAUGAACGUGAAUCGCCUUCUAACAGCCAGAGGGGCGGCUCCAUCAACAGAGAGCGAGGGCGUGGCUUUAGUCCCGUUGGAAAUGAACGUGAAUCGCCUUCUAACAGCCAGAGGGGCGGCUCCAUCAACAGACAGCGAGGGCGUGGCUCUAGCCACGUUCGAAAUGAAGAUGAAUCACAUCCUACAAACAGCCAGAGGGGCGGCUUCAUCAGCAACAGAGAGCGAGGACGCGGCUUGAGCCAGAGAGGUCGUGGACAACACCAUAAGGGUAAUAGAGUGCAUCAUCAUUCUCAAGGAACUUCUAAGGAUGUGGGUAGUUCCCACAGUGGGCAUAAAGAGUCAUGGAGAAGUGGCAUGGCAACGUCCAAGCCAACCUCAAUCCCAGAUACUGACCCUCACAAGAAGGAAGAGCCUAGCAACGAGGUUGUACCUAUGGCGCAACAAGAAUAUCUUGACUUUCCAUUUAUCGAACAUGAUGAAACUGUUCGCCUACUGCCACAUUUCCGAGUCAUGUUUAUUUUGCGAGGCCUACCAGGCAGUGGCAAGAGUACCAUAGCCGACGCCAUGAAACAAUGUGGAGAUCAUGUCACUGUCUGUUCUGCUAAUCAUUAUCAUCGCAAUAAGGAUGGGGAGUAUGUCUUUCGCAGAGAGGCUCUGCAAGAAACACAUAGGAAAUGUCAAAAACGAGCAGAGAAAUAUGCUGCCUUGAACAAACCUGUCAUAAUAAUAGGUGAGUCUGAUUACCAAUGAUACUUAAUUAAUCUGUUUUUAAACAAUUUACAAAUAAUUAUGGGCAUAUUAGGAACAAAAUCUUUGUGAAACAUGGCGAAAAUACCUUUAAAAAGAAACUUAAUAAAGCGACACUCCCGCUUCGCGGUCGUGCGAUUCUGUAAUCACGCGUUUGAUUUUAGACCAAAUUGCAUUCCACCUAGUGCAAUUACCAUAAUUAUAAAUCAUGUUCAAAUAAAGUUUACUGUUAAACUCUGCAGUACAGUUUAAAGUUUAUUUUGUUUUUACAUGCAAAAAAUAGCCAAGAUGGCAAUACUCUGAUUUGUUUAUUUUGCUCAAUUUGCCAGAUCACAUUUUUCUUACAGUAAAAUUGACUGGCUAAGCGAAUUCCACACUUUCCUUUGAUUGGCUAUCUAAGGUCACCACUUAGAUUACAACUGAUGCUGAUACGAGCAAAGCUCAAAAUAGUGCGAUUACAUUCACAGCUCUAAAAUAGUUCGAUUUGGGCUGUAAUUGCACUAUUUUUAGUCAAUCAGAUUGCUCGAAUCGCACAUGAUUUCAAAAUGAAUAUGGUAAAUACCGUAAUCAGAGUCGUCAGGUAGUCGGCAAAUUAUUGUAUCCCAGUCGGCAAAACAUCAAUUUGGAUCGGAAGGAGAAAAACUAACAUAUGUGAGUGAAACUGAUUAAGAACUUUUGUUUUUAGACAACACAAAUGUGAAACAAUCCGAAAUGGAACCGUAUAUCAAGUUAGCCAAAGAAUAUGGCUAUGUGGUUGUCUUAAUUGAACCGAAGACACCUUGGAAACUUGAUGUCGGAGAGCUAGAGGCAAAAAAUAUCCACAAUGUCCCAUUAACAACGAUAAGUAGAAGACUCGAGCAGUAUGAUGAAAUCUUGCCUUGUUAUUUUGGAUGGUUUUUAUCACAAGCAGAUUGUGUGACACUGCGGACAACGGCGAAAGAUAUUUUACGGAAAUGCUUACAAAUUACAGAUUUUCAACAAUGUAUCAAAGUAUUCUCAGGUGAUCUGACAUGCACGGAUUUUUGUUUUAGCAAAUAAUUUUUAAAAUAUUGAGCUGCAAUGCUGCCCUAUAUUCACCUUGUUUGUUAUUUUGUCUGGUGGCAGAGGAUCUUAAUUAGCAAUUGCCAAUUGGGACGUGUUGGACAUUUAUAAUAGGUUAACCAGAUUAUCAAUCAAUCUCUUUCGCUAACCCCAUUAUUCAUUAAGGUGAUUCAUCAGUAUAAUUGUUUGGGAAAUGAGAAUUUGCUGAAACUUCGCAGGGGUGAAGUUUAUGAUAUGCUCAUAACAGAAAAAAACAGAAAUGUGAAAACAGAAAAAUAGUUGGAGUCACCGAACUCAUUUCGAAGAUAUGCAUGAUAAGUGCUAAUGGAUUAAGCAGAUUAUCUGUCCUUGUCUAUUGUUAACCUAUAUAUUAGCCACAGUGUGCUCGAAUGUGUCUUUUCUAUUUUACUCUGUCUAAUGCCAGACAAUUUUACUUGUCGAUGGGGGUGUUGAUCUAAUUUGAGUUAACAUUGUUUCUAUAAUAUUAUAGGCCAUUCAUCUCCGAACUUCACAGUUCGAAUUCAUAAUGCAUUGUUUUACUACUCAAUCAAACAUUCUGAUCGCCAAGACUAUCAUGUCACAGCGUGUUUUUCACCCCGAGGCAAAUUCCUGGCUGGCUCGCCGUAUCAUAAAUCUCCUGCAGUUGGGAAAGCUUUGGGUGAAAUUUCACAGUUGUCGAUCAUCGGAUGUGUUAUCACAAAAGACACAUUCAGCGCUCGCGUGUCACUCACUGAGAAACAGCGUGCAUUGUGGAUGAAUGAUAAUCAAACUGAACAACAGCCGCAGAGGAAAAGAGGUAAGGGGUGUGGACGGGAUGCACAACUCCCCCCCCCCCCCUCCCUCAAAAAAUGUUUCGCACCCCGUCCGUGUCGACAAAAGAGGGUCGUGAAGGGGUAAAUGUUUAAUUUGAAAGAUCAUUGAAAACUGUAGAGUAACUUAUUUGGCAUAUUUUUGUUUUCUUGCUUCGUUUUGGAGAUAUUUCAUUUUGUAUGAUAUGCAAAGGACCAACUUUUACGUCACAUAUGCAUAAUGACUUAGGGGCCAUUAACAAAGGAUGUCCGAGCCGAGGGGGGAGAGGGGGGUUUGGAAAAUCAGGACAAACUCGGACAUAGGGAGGAGGGAGGGGGGGGGUAGCAAUCCGGAUGUCCGAAAUUUAAAAAAAAUUCAAAAACAAAUUUCUUUUUCCCUCUAUUUUGAGCAGUCCUUCCCAUUGUGAAAUUGGCAUUUUGACUAUGCGGUUAACACUAGAUUUUGUUUUAAUUAGUAAUUUAUAUGUUUUUGUGUUCACAUUUACAGUUAUAAAAAAGGGCAUGUAGUAAAACACUGACUAACGGAACACCACCGGAACACCACCUAACCCUAACCCCCAACCCUAACCCCCAACCCUAACCCCCAACCCUAACCCCCAACCCUAACCCUAACCCCAAACCCUAACCCCAAACAAAAUGGUGGUGUUCCGGUGGUGUUCCGGUAGUCAGUGUUUUACUACAUGCCAUAAAAAAGUUCUAAAAGUAAAAAAAAGUUUUUUACUCUUGAUAUAUACAAGGUUACGUGAGUUUUUGCGAGGCAUGGCGGAUGUCCGGGGGGAGGGGGGGUCACUAAUUCGGACAAUGCCGGACAAGGGGGGGAGGGGGGAUCUGAAAAUCCAUCAUUUGGCCGGACAUCCUUUGUGAAUGGCCCCUUACUUUAAAAUGUUAUAUAAUUUUGUCACUAUCAAAUACAUUCGCUCAGUGAAUGAUGAGCACGAGAUUUGUCCACAACAACACCCAUGUAGGUUUUCUACUGAUUGUGUUUAGUCGUAUUAAGACAUACAGCUUUCAGGGCUAAAUAUUUCAUUAUGCAUAUGUGACGUAGGAAGUUGGUCCUUUGCAUAUCAUACAAAAUGAAAUAUCUUCAAAACGAAGCAAGAAAACAAAAAUCUAUCAAAGAAAUUACUCUACAGUUUUCAAUGAUCUUUCAAAUUAGACUUAAAAAUAACAAUGUCAAUUUUCGAGUCAUAUGCCCUUUAAGAACAGGUACACAGAGCAAUGUUUGAUAGAGAGUUUGUAUAAACAAGACCAGAAAAUUUGACCGACUUAUGACUCAAUGAGAUCAUUUUUCUGCUAUUGUGAUGCAUACACCUCUUUCUCGGCAAAACUGGUUCUAAAGAGGGCUGUUGAACGCAGAAUUGUGUUAAAAAGUCAUCAUAUAGAUGAACUAUCUGCUCUGAGAUCAAUUUCACAGUGUGACUGGGAUUUCUUAAAGAAGAACUGGGAAAUGGGGUUUGGGUUUUUUAGAGGCCGGUUCAAAUUGACUUCCACUACAUGCAACUACCGUCACAUUUGGUUACUGUAAAUAUAUCUAAUUGAGAGUGGUCCGAUCCACGCAUCAGGUCCAUAGGGAGUUUAAGACGUUUCCUGGCAACGGCAAACGGCAGGUUCGAACUUUCUUGGCAAAAUUUUCGUUGAACGUUUUCGUUUCAUAUUUUCUUUCUUGUGCCAAAAGAAUAAUUAUGCAUUGCAAUUUGAAAACAACAAGUUCAUUUACUCUUUAUUGCCUGAUACCGUAAAAUUUUUCUUUGCCUGGCGUUUGACGUAUAAACGCGAAGCUUGAACUCUCUAUUAUGAAGACUGUCCGUGGACAUAGGGUCCGCGAUUUGCCUCAUCUUUGCUUUAUUUCUGUUCAAGACCAAAUGUCAAACUAAGGCAACGAAGAGAAAUGUUUUUCUUGGUAAAAAUUUUGCUGAUCCAACCAUUAAAGAGUCAAAAUAUAUUUUUACCCAACUUCAAAUAUCAAUAGAAAAAUACUACAUACACUAUCCCUGAUCAAAAACUUUACAAAAGGAUAUACCACUCAGUUGUCACACGUGUCCUUUACAACUUAGUGCAACAACUGUUUCUUCAUGUCAUUUUCUGCAGUCAGUAAAGUUUCAUGUUAUCUGCACAUGUACUUUCUUUGGAGACACCAUUUGGCUCCUGACAAAUCGGAAAAUGAUCGAGAUAGUGACUCGGAUUGAUUGAUUUACAUUUAACAAUUAUAAUAUAGCAUUCAGUGUAGAUUCUGAACGCUGAUUGGCUAAGAGCCGUGUUGAUAUAACUCAAUGUCAACACGGAAACGUCGGAAAAUUUCUUUCUUUCUAUUUCUUUGUGCUAUAUUAUAAAACAAAUAUAAAACAUUUUUUCCGUAUUGAUAUAUAGUUAUAUCAACACUCGUGGAAAUUGGGAAAACUCGAAAUUGUGUGAAAACACUCGUUUUCCCAAUUUCCACUCGUGUUGAUAUAACUGUAUAUCAACAUGGAACAUGUUUUAUAUUUGUUAAUUAUUACCCAACCCUUGAGUUGUUGUGUUUUUCAUUUACCCAACCUCUCACUCAAUCAAAAUUUUGUUUAUCCAACCCUUUUCCCUUCGGUGCCACCCCCGCCAUAUAUAAUAACCGCCCCCUUACCCACAGAAUCCUGUAGUGUGUAAUCUUUUAGAUAGUUGUAGAGCAUGAAUGCGCUGCUACUUCAUGAUACAUAUAUUCUUACUAGUUCUUACAGGUCGUUCAACACGCUAUGAGCAUUCUGUUGAAGAGAUGACAAAAUCAUUUCAACACUUGCCGCUAGGCGACAAUGGGAAAUCAUCGGAACGACCUGAGCACUGUACCAAUGCAAGCACCCAUAUAACACUUGGCACGAGACGAUAUGUCAGUCCAGUUCAAGCCAAAUACGAUGUACAAACUGUUGUGAAUUACGAGCUCUCAUCUCAUGUGUUUGAAGAACACACAUUACAAGGUGAUAUUGGUAAAGUUAGGAAAUACAGCGAUAAUAUUUGGGCAGUAUAUUUUAACGAAGAUCAAGUGGUUAAAGUACCAGUGAUCUUUUCUGGUUACUAUGAUUAAUUUUUAUAGAAAAUGAAAUUUUAAUAUUCAUGUAUUUAGUAGAACUGUAUUAUACUGGAAACAUUUUACCAGUGUACCAAAGUGAAUGCUGUUUCAACAGCUUGUUAUCAAGAUGUCUUGUAAGGUGUUUUGUUCACCAGAGUACGUGGACAUAUUAAUAUUUUAAUAUAGUCAGAUACAAAGAACUUUAUAAGUAUAGAUAUGCAAUGACACAUGUAUAGCCUAUAUAUAGGUUAGUAGGAUUACUUUUAUGAAAGGCGAAAUUUUUAAUCUCAAUAGAACUUUAUAUAGCACGCAUAUAUAUUAUAUAUAUUGAAUUUUACCCGGAUUGUGUAUAACUAUGGUAAUGGUAAAUAUGGUAUUUUAUAAAUCAUACUAACGUUCUCCAUAUCAGCCUGAUGUGAUGUAGUCGCAGGAGUCGUGAGCAUGGCUCUACUCUGCCGACACUUUCUCUACAUAACAUACUCUUCAAUAAAGACAAGAUAAAGGGAUGAAAAAUGUCGGUAGAAUAAACCGUCACUCACAAUUUCCCUGCGACUACUUUUUAGCCGCAACAUGGCUCCAUGUCAGAAAUUGCGUUGAAAGUUGUAGCAAAUAUUGCCUCCUGUAAUAUGGCCUUCUGAUUCACAGAACAAAAGGGAUUGCGGGGGGGGGGGAUCAUUUUUAAAUCGGGCAGAUUCUACCUUAAAAUUGGGCACUGAUCCUACUUUAAAAAUCCGGCAAAUAUUCCAACCUCGCAAGCCAGGCUUUGUACUUCCGCGUGUUUGGGAGGGAAGCGGAAGUAGAGAUCCUUGCUUGCGAGGCCGCAAAUUACUAGUCGAACUUCGAAAAGGAAGAAUUGGCAGGGCAAUCAAAGAUUUUAAAUGAUAGAAUGUAGAGUUAUGAAGUAACUUACAGGGCUUUCAGAGGGAAUUGAAUAGAAUUUAUUGACCUAAAUUUUACAGAUAUUGGUCCAAAAAUAAGGGUUUCACCCAUGUUUUAACAGGAAUUUGUCGGGAAAAAAUUUUUUUACCCUUAGUUUAACUGGUUUAUGUCCGGAAAAAUUUUUUGACCCUUUUUUUUGUCCGGAAAAAUUUUUCCGAAAAAAUAGUGGCCAGAAAUAAAAAUUUGCUGUAGGGCAUCAUCGGUUUUGGCAGGGCAAUUCUGGCAGACACCCUCCGAAUUAAAAGGGGCUAAUUUCGCCCCUGGUUACAUAGCCAUUUAAACACACUUUCCGAUAAUGACGUCAUGUCAAUUUGGUGCAGGUUGGUACUGAU